AUGUCGCUCACCAAUGCGUCGCCCCUCGAGGCUGCACAGUCGGCCAAGAGCGCAUCCCACAUUCUGGCCACCCUUCCGGCGUCGGCGAGGAACGAUGCCCUCACAGCCAUCCACGCCGGGCUCAGCGCUGCUCGCGACGAAAUCCUCGCUGCCAAUGCCAGAGAUCUCGAGGCUGCACGCUCCGCCGCGGCAAGUGGCCAGCUCAGCCAGAGCCUCAUUUCUCGACUGGAUCUGGGCAAGAAGGGCAAGUGGGAGGACAUGCUCAAGGGUAUUCUGGAUGUCAGAGACCUUGAAGACCCGGUCGGCAAAAUCACUAUGAGGACAAGAUUAGACGACGGGCUAGAGAUGACCCGCGUCACAUGCCCAAUCGGGGUGCUUCUCAUCAUUUUCGAGGCCCGUCCAGAGGUCAUUGCCAAUAUUGCAUCUUUGGCUGUCAAGUCGGGCAACUCUGCCAUUCUCAAGGGCGGCAAGGAAUCCACAGAGUCCUUUGUGGCCAUUUCCAAGGUCAUCUCUGCGGCGCUGGACAAUACCCAGGUCCCCAAUGGAGCCAUCCAGCUUGUCACCACGCGCGAUGUCAUCCCUCAACUUCUUGACCUCGAUCAAUAUAUCGAUCUCGUCAUUCCCAGGGGCUCCAACGAGCUCGUAAGGUACAUCAAGUCUUCGACCAAGAUUCCGGUCCUUGGUCACGCAGACGGCUUGUGCUCCAUCUUCCUCGAGCAGUCUGUCGACCCAAAGCUAGCCGCAGACGUCAUCGUCGACUCGAAGACGAGUUACCCUGCAGCUUGCAACAGUCUCGAGACGCUGCUUGUGCAGGAGACAGCACUAGAGAGCAUCCUUCCAGGAGUUGCCGAGAAGCUGAUCGCCAAGGACGUCACGCUCAAGUGCGACUCGAGAUCAAAGGCCGCUCUCUCGAGCAAGUUGCCGGCAGAUUUAGUCUCGAAGUACAUCCAGGAUGCGCAAGACGUCGACUUUGACACUGAGUUCCUGAGCCUGACUCUGGCGGUCAAGGUUGUGGCGGAUUUGGGCGAGGCAGUGCAGCACAUCAACAAGCACGGCUCAAAACAUACUGACUGCAUCCUGACGUCGUCUGAGGAGCUCGCCGAACGCUUCAUGGCCAGCGUCGACGCCGCUGGCGUGUACUGGAACGCCUCGACGCGGUUUGCCGACGGCAUGCGGUACGGGUUCGGCACCGAGGUUGGCAUCAGCACGAAUAAAAUCCACUCGCGGGGUCCUGUAGGACUGGAGGGCCUGAUGAUUUACAAGUACCAGAUUCGCGGUAAUGGUCAUGUGACGGCGGUUUAUGGUGAAGGGGAGGGGCAGAGGAGAUACAAGCAUGAGAAACUGGCCUUGUAG